AUGGAUUCAAAUCCCUGGAUGUUAUCAGUAGUAGCUUCCUUACUCCAAAGACUUGUGGCUAGGAAUGAGAGGCUUCUUUCUUCAGGGAAAAAGCUUUCAAAACAGAAUUUGUGUGUUUUCUCUGCAACUCAAGUUCCUGCCAUGAGCAUAGCAAAAUACUUGGAGAGAAUCUUCAAGUAUGCUCGUUGCAGUCCCUCAGUUUUUGUUGUGGCAUAUAUUUAUAUCGAUCGCCUGCUUCUCAAUAAUCCCAACUUUCUCCUAACAUCUCUCAACGUUCACAGGCUUCUCAUUACCAGUGUCAUGGUCGCUGUCAAAUUUCUUGAUGAUUUGCAUUACAACAACGGCUAUUUUGCAAAAGUGGGAGGCUUAACACUCGUGGAAAUUAACACCCUGGAAGUAGAGUUUCUGUUCAUGCUGCGGUUCAGAUUGCAGGUGACAGGAAGCGUGUUUGAAAGUUAUUGUUUAUAUUUUCAGAGAGAGGUGGAAAUGGGCAGAGAUAUUGAGAUAGAGAAAAGUCUUCUUUUCCUCUUGGAAAAAGAAUCAGACCAAUCAUGCAGACAAGAUCAGAGCAAUAGACAGAGAUUGGGUAUCAGCUAG